UAGAAAGCUAAGGUAAUCCAAGUAUCAUCAUACUACAUCGCAAACAAGUAGAGAAGUUCCAGUAUCCUGAAAAUUACCGCGAAUACCCUCAAGACAAGUACUAAGCCUAUGGGCCAAUUAGUAACUUAGGAUUUCAUCAUCAUAAUAACCAUUAACCACUCAAACCAAACCAUACCCGCGAGUGUGGACGGACGAUAAGGAAUAUAAUAAUCAGAAAUUGAAAUUCAAAGAAGCAUAGCAGAAUGCAAUCGUUAUCAUUAAGCAGUACGAAGAGUUUGGCGGGUUUGCGGUUGAUGAGUCAAGAAGCGAGAGUGAAGAGAAGGGGUGGCAAUAGCAAUAACAUGGUGGUGGCAUGUGGUAAUAAUUCGGAUAAAGAUACUGCUCCAAGUUCAACCUCAUUUCUAUCUCGGACUCAAACAUAUGCUCUUUUGAAACAACAAAUGGAAGUAGCUGCUAAAUCCGAGGAUUACAAGGAAGCUGCUAGAAUUCGAGAUUCACUUAAGUUAUUUGAAGAAGAGGAACCUGUUUUGCGUUUAAGGAGGCUAAUUAAGGAAGCAAUUGCUGAUGAGAGAUUCCAGGAUGCAGCUAGUUAUCGUGAUGAGCUAAAAAGAAUUGCUCCACACUCUUUUUUAAAAUGUUCCAGUGAUGCUACAACACUGGGAGUCAGGGUUCAAGUCAGGAGUGUAUAUAUAGAGGGAAGAAGUCAGCCUUCGAAGGGGCUAUACUUUUUUGCAUAUAGAAUAAGAAUUACCAAUAACUCAGAUGACACCGUUCAACUUCUUAGAAGGCACUGGAUCAUAACCGAUGCCAACGGGAGAUCAGAAAAUGUACGGGGGAUUGGAGUUGUUGGUGAACAGCCAGUACUUCUUCCCAGAACUAGUUUUGAGUACUCCUCUGCAUGCCCAUUAAGCACACCAAAUGGUAGAAUGGAAGGUGAAUAUGAGAUGAUCCAUGUUGAUAAAGUAGGUUCACCUUCAUUUAAUGCGAUCAUUGCCCCAUUUUCUCUCGCUCUGCUUGGAGAUGAUGACUGCAAUACCAUUUGAGAUUGAACUGCAGCAUCGCCUUCAGAGGUUGUGUCCAUUUAUUAGCAUAUGGAGUAUGGGAAAGGAAGGAUUAUCGUUCUCACUGGCCAAAACCAUUAUGAGAAUAAAUUUUCUGGAUACACAUGUGUUUUGUUGAACUGAAGUGUGAAAAACUCAAGAAAGAAUUCAAUAUUUAUACAUACUAGUAUAGAUUAUAGACAGUUGAAAUUUUGUUCUGUUUCCAACCUCUGCGUACACAAAAGAGGGAGAAAUAGAAAAGUGAAUCAAUUGAUGGUGUUUAUAACUGGGAACAACCAUGUAGAGGAAGUGGAUGUUGGUUUAACUUGCGCACACAGUUGUAGCCAUUUUUAAUGA